AUGUUCUCCAAGCCAACAACCCAGCCUGGAGUGUAUGGAACCACACCCAAUCCUUACAUAGCGAAUAACUCUAUGGCUCCUGGGUCUCAACAACCCCUGAGUUUCAUAAUCCCAAGAAACCAACCUCAGAGUGGUCAGCCUCCCUUCAUCACUUCUCCAGAAAUCCGCACUAACAAUCAGCAGGGUCAAGGAAAUGUACUAAUGGUAAAUCCAGCUACAGUAACAGCAACCACAAAGUUUAAAGAAGAAGGAAAGACACUAGGGGCAAUCCAGAUUGUGAUUGGAUUGAUGCACAUUGGUUUCGGUGUUAUUUUGGGUUUAAUAAGCGCCACUUACGAUGGAGUUUGGAAUUUUGCUUCCAGUACCUUUGAGAGUGGAUAUCCAUUCUGGGGCGGCAUUUCGUUCAUCAUCACUGGCGCUCUCUCAGUAUCAGGGUCCAAGCACCUUUCCCUUUGUCUGAUAAAAGGCAGCCUAGGAAUGAAUAUUGUUAGUGCUAUCUUUGCCUUAAUUGGAGUGAUUCUGUUGCUGGUAGAUGUGAACAUCAAUGGGCUACCCACACAAGACUUUUGGGCAUUGCUUUCUGGGAAAGGAAUUUCAGCUAUACUGAUUAUCUUCUCUCUUUUGGAGUUCUGCAUAACUUGCACCACAGCCCAUUUUGCCACGCAAGAAAUCGCCAAGUGGUCUGUCCUGACUAUUCCAAAUGUGUAUGCAACCAGUCCCUUGACACCAGGGUUUGCCUCAGCUCCUCCCAGAAGUGAUGGCCACCCAGCUAACGUCAUUCAAUAUUAA